AUGGGGGAGAUGGGGAAGAUGGCGGCGGCCGUGGGGCCUGUGGCGACGCUGGCGGCGGAGCCUGGGGAGGACGCCUUUCGGAAGCUUUUCCGCUUCUACCGGCAGAGCCGCCCCGGGACCGUAGACCUGAGAGGGGUCAUCGACUUCUCGGUAGCCCACGCAGCCCGCGGCACGGGGCCUGGUGCCCACAAGGUGGUCAAAUCUCACCUAAAUGUGUCCUCAGUCAGUGACCAUGAUGCAUACAGAGCUGGACUUCAGCCGGUAAGCAAGUGGAGAGCCUACGGACUCCAAGGUUAUCCUGGAUUUAUUUUUAUCCCAAACCCCUUCCUCCCAGGUUACCAGUGGCACUGGGUGAAGCAGUGCCUUAAGUUAUAUUCUCAGAAACCUAAUGUAUGUAACCUGGACAAACAUAUGACUAAAGAAGAGACCCAAGAUUUGUGGGAACAGAGCAAAGAGUUUCUAAGGUAUAAAGAAGUGAAUAAACGGAGACCCCGAAGUUUACUAGAGAAACUACGCUGGGUGACCCUAGGCUACCAUUAUAACUGGGACAAUAAGAAAUACUCAGCAGAUCAUUAUACACCUUUCCCUUCUGACCUGGCUUUCCUCUCAGAGCAAGUAGCCGCUGCCUGUGGAUUUCAGGGUUUCCGAGCCGAAGCAGGUAUCCUGAAUUACUACCGAUUAGACUCCACACUAGGAAUCCACGUAGACAAAUCUGAACUAGAUCACUCCAAACCCCUGCUUUCGUUCAGCUUCGGACAGUCUGCCAUCUUUCUCCUGGGUGGCCUCAAAAGAGAUGAAGCCCCCACCCCCAUGUUUAUGCACAGUGGUGACAUCAUGGUAAUGUCAGGUUUCAGCCGCCUGCUGAACCAUGCAGUCCCGAGGGUCCUUCCCAGUCCGGAAGGGGAGAGCCUGCCUUGCUGCCUAGAGACGCCUCUCCCAGCUGACCUCCCCAGAGACGCAGUGGUGGAGCCCUGUUCUGUGGAGGACUGGCAGGUGUGCGCCAGCUACUUGAAAACUGCUCGUGUUAACAUGACUGUCCGGCAGGUGCUGGCCAUAGGUCAUGACUUCCCUUUGGAACCCAUGGAGGAGAAUAAAAGAGACAUCCCCACAGAGGGUUCCUGCCAUCUGGAUGAUGAGAAUAGCCAAGUAAAACGAGCUAGGUUAAACCCUGACUGCUGAGACUUGGAGAGCCCCAUUCUUUUACUCAGGCAGGUCUUAACAGUAAAUGACCAUGCUGUUUUGUAUUGCCGCAGACUUCAGCACAAAGACAGGCCAAAAGCAGAGACGAGGAAAAACUCAUCAUUGAUCACACUGUUGCCUUGGAACCCAUCCUGAAGAGAAAACUGAUUAACCACUUUGGUCAGAGAAGUGCUUGACAUGGUCCAGUCCCGGUUAGGUUUUGGCACUAACGUAUGUGAGAAGUCCAAGGAGGUAUGAGCUCCCACAACAGCCUUCUCAGCCUCGCCGUUAUCUCUGAGCGAGGUAGACGUGAGUUUCCAUGUGUGUGGAAUCUUUAAAUACCUCAGGUUUUAUUGAUGGAAAACAUAAUUCCCCUUCCACCACCCCAUCUAGUGAUUUGUGGUAACAUUGUGGUUCCAGGAACCAACCAUUAGUCUUACCUUCUUAAUUCUUCCAAUCAACACCAAAUUCUUUGAUCUUCUCUGGCCUUCACAGAAAAAUCCUGUACACUUAAGACAAUGGAACUGGAAAUCACAUCUCCUAGAAAAGACAUUAAUCACAGCUAUCUCUCUUGCCUAAACGGUAAAUAUAUAUAAACCCAAGGGAAGAGGGACAGUAGUUUCUCCAGAUGUCUUUCAGGUCUGUAAACUCUUCCCUUUGGCUUUUAAAUGCAAUUUUAAUUGUUGGACUAAAAAAGUCCUAAGGGUGUUCUGUAACUGUUUUCCCCAUGGAUAAACUUACUCAGUUUUAAAUUAAAGAUCUGUAUCUAUGUUUGAGGGUAAGUGUAUCUGGGAUUCAUUUUUUCCUGUUUUCGCUUGCUGUAUUGUUCAUGCUAUUGAAGCCCUCUAGCUGUUUCUGCCCUAAGUAUUCUUUGUGGCUGUCUCACAAGAGAGAAUAUUCCUUGAUACUCCAGUCACUGCGGUUUUUUGUGUUGUAGACAGCAUGGAAAAUGCAUGAAACACUGAGUUUAAUCUGUGUACCCCCACCAGCUCAGCUCGGUAUACCCUGAGCCUUUAAGUUACCUUGUGUCUCGGUGGGCCUCAGUUUCCUCACUCAUAAAAUGAAAAUAUUUAUUACCAUCUUCCUAGAUGGAUAUUGCUAUUUCAAACAAUAAUGGAAAUUUAGUGCUCCUUUCUAGAUACAUAAUAUUGCCAAUAUUUUAUUACUAUCUGGAUUCGUAGAAACAUCCCAGCUUAUUUGUUUGUGUGGACAACUGACCAGAAGCUGCUUUGAUACCUGCUGCUUGCGACACCACUUGCCAAAUUUGCAUUUCUCCUCUGUCCUGCCUUUUUUUUUUUAUGAGUGUUGAAUGUUGAGUUUAUAUUGUAAUCCUUGGUAGGUUUUUUUUGUUUGAAGGAAUAAAAAUUAACAGGUUCAUCCUUUAUGUGUACGUACAUAGGUUCUAAAAUUUGUUCGUGAUAGGAUAAUUUUAUAUAGUUAAAAUUACCACUGGAAAAAUCCCUUAAAUUUUUCAUAAUGUACAUUAUAUGAACACUGUACAUUAUAUGUGACCCACUGAACACCAACACAUGUCAUUUAGUAAAUCCAGCAGUCAGCUUAUCUUUCAGCAUUAGAAGAUUGCUCUUUAGUCAGUUGAUUAUCAGAUGAAGGUAUUAGCUUGUGUUCAGGGUCAAUAUUUUACAAAAAAUACAUGUUCAAACUGUAAACUCACACUCCAUCAAGCAAGAUAUAUAUGCUGUGAGAAGCAUGUGGAAACUGAGGCCAGACAAGAGGAUGGAAGACUCCUCUCUGCCAGCCCACGCUUCCUCUAGGGAUGUGCUCCUGGACUCAUUUGGGGGGUGGAGAGGGCUGAGCAGAAUUGUUUGCACAGUUCACUUCUCUCUCGUUUUUAUGUAUAUUUCUGUGAGGCACAUAUAGUUGAAGAUGUAUAUAAUGCAACUAUACUUUGACAGCAGAAAUUAUACAGCUCAAGGAAAAAGGAAAAAUUGGUGAUUUUUCUACAUUUAAAUGAGGAUUAUCCCCCCCCCACCAAGUUUGUUUUAGUUGUCUACCAGAUGUUUUCUAAGUCAGGUGUCAGCAAACUAUGAGCUACCCUCUGUUUUUGUACUGCCCAUGGACUAAGAAUAGUUUGUACAUUCUUAAAUGGUGGGGGGGAAAGCUCAGAAGAAUAAUAUUAGUGACACAUGAAAAUUAUAUGAAAUUCAAAUUUCUGUGUCCAUAAAUAAAGUUUUAUUGGAACACAGCCACACUAAUUCAUUUCCGGAUUAUCUGUGGUUGCUUUCAUGCUAAAAUGACAGAGUUGAAUAAUUGCAACAAAGUCUAAAAGAUAUGAUCCAGGCUCUACAGCAAACGUUUGCCAACACCUAGAAAGGAAACCAGACCCCUAGAAAGGAACCUGAAACCAAGAGAAAACAUCAAGGGGAAGAUAUUUUGUUUUCUUUAUUAUUUUAUAUCAAAAAUGCCAGGGUAGAUACUCUGUUCUAGGAUGUAUGUGGUAUCAAGAGUGGAGUCACAAAAUGUUAGGUCUGGGGAAACUGGCACUCUGAUGCUCUGCAAGUGGCAGUGUUAACUUGCUAUAACCUCUAAGGCUCAGUUUGGCAUCAUGUAACCUGUAAUUCUUUUGUACAUCCCAGUUGGGCCAGGGUAGUCCUUUUCCUCUCAGAAGGGUUCUGGUUUGAUGAUAAAUUAUAUGGUCAUCCUAAUUAUGUUCUAAAAUGUGUACCAUUUGACCCAAUAAAUUUCACUCCUAGUUGAGUCUAAGGAAGUAAUUAGAGCUGUCUGCAAGAUUUUUGUAUAAGAAUAUAAUAGUUUGAAAUAAGCUCAAUAUCCAGCAACAAGGAGUUGGUUGAUUAAAUUCAUGUAUGUGUUCAAUAAAUGGUUAUUGAGCACUGUUCUUUGAUUUGCACAAAGUACCUGCUUUUGUGGUGCUUAUAUCCUAGUGGAAAUGACAUAACCAUACAGAGGAAAACUAUAGCCAUUAAAAUUCAUGUUUUGGAAGAACAAGUAAAGAUAGGAGGAAAUACUUGUGUUUAAUGAGGAAAUCCAGUUAUGAAACCAUGCAUAGUAACCUAAUUCUGUAUAGAUUGUUUAUAUAUUUUUUAAAAACUGGAAGGAUAUGUACACCAAAGUGUGAAUGAUAGUGGGAUUACAGUUGAUGUUUCUUCUAUUUGUGCUUUUCUGUAUUUCUAUUUUUUUUACAUUGAAAAUUCUUUUGUCUUUUUUUUUUUUAAUAAAUUUAUUUAUUUAUUUAUGGCUGCAUUGGCUUCGUUGCUGCGCGCGGGCUUUCUCUGGUUGCGGCGAGCGGGGGCUACUCUUUGUUACGGUGCGCAGGCUUCUCAUUGCGGUGGCUUCUCUUGUUGCAGAGCACGGGCUCUAGGCAUGCGGGCUUCAGUAGUUGUGGCAUGCGGGGUUCAGUAGCUGUGGCAUGCGGACUCUAGAGCGUAGGCUCAGUAGUUGUGGCGCACGGGCUUAGUUGCUCUGCGGCAUGUGGGAUCUUCCCAGACCAGGGCUCGAACCCGUGUCCCCUGCAUUGGCAGGCAGAUUCUUAACCACUGCACCAUGAGGGAAGUCCCUAAGUCAUUUUUUAAAUAAAGAAUACAUGCUUGAAUUUUUUUCCAAUUAAAAAAGAUAGUCCUUUACCCUGUAAUUCUGUCUCUACUUGAAAUAUAUUAGAAUGCAAAUCUAGGAACAUCAACAUUGUCUAACAAGAGGAGCUUGUUGGAGGAAACUAUUUUAUGUUAUAAGAUACUAUAUAACAACUAUCAGUCACGUUUUAGAGACAUAUUCAGUAAUCAGAAGAAAUGCUCAAUAUGUUAACUGAGAAAAACAGCUUAACAACAGAAUGCACAAGCAUUUUACCAGUGCUUUUUGUAUGCACAAUUUGUAUGCACAGAAAAGGCUGGAGGGUUAUAAUCUUACAUCUCCCAAAUUUUCUAUCGCCAGCAUAAAUUGCUCUUUUGAAGAAGGCCUUUGUGAUGCUUUUUUGGAAGGGGCAGGUAAGGCAUACACUGCACUCAGCAGCAGCAGCUUUGUAGAGUGUCCACUCAC